AUGAGCAAGAUUGAAAUUUACAAAAAGGAGAAUACAAUUCUUGAUAAAGAAUUGGGCACCUAUCAAAAUGGUACCACAAAAAUGGUGUUUUGUAAAUGGUGGGGUCAAAAAUGUGUUUUGGCUUCGGGUGUAAAAUCCAAAACAAAUGAGAAAUUUUUAUAUAAAACUGGUAUUGAAACAAGUUUUGAAGAAGUUGAAGAAUUAAUUGAAGCUUUGGUAAAUGCAGCAAAUCCUCCAACGCUGUAAAUUAUCAUGAAUUAUCUCAAACCACCAACUACAAGGGUGAAAAAUUUCGUCUGGUUCUAAAGAAUAGCGAUUAUCAAGGGCUAAUACUUGUGCGCAUGAAACGUCGUGCAGUUGUUGACGAGUUUGAUGCUGUUGACCUGGACAAUUCCGAUCCCGAACCCUUGGAAGAAGAAACAUCCACAACAACCGAUAUCGAGUGGAGUGUUUACAUUGGUAAAAACGACAAUUGGGCAAAGAUAAAGGGUAUACUACGCGAAUUUUGUAUUGAUCUUCACCAUAUUCUCAACGUGGACGAGGAAUCUCCAAUAAUUUCCCCACCGCAGUCCCCUGUAGCUCAACCAGCAACAACAUCGGCAACAACAACAGCAGUGUCAGAUGUCGGACGACCUGCUCAACCUGUACAAACUGUGGAACAAGUUCAAAUUCACCCCCCACCAAAGAAAACGGGGAAGAGAAAACAGGACACAAAAGGUGGUCAAGCAAACGGCAACAAACGUGCAAAGAAAAACAAGGAAUUACAUAGCACUGAAGACGAACAGGAGGUAAGCAAAUCUAUAAUUUUUGAUUUGCAAUUACCCCCACCGUAUGACUAG